AUGGCAGAAGAUCCUAAAUCAUCGGAUGGCAGAAAGCAUCGCACCACUAGUAGUACAUCUGGAGGGCCACUAGCAGGCCAUCCGGACCCUCCAGAACGAACUAGUGAGGACCGUCAGGAUGUGACCACAGUGCUGCAAGAUAAAAGGCAAAGUCAUUUCGACAAAGUACUCGGUAUCCUUGAAGGGUCAGUUGUGGAUGUAACAGCAUUAUUACAACUCCACUUUGGCACGACAGCAAUCAAGAAAAGUGCAACAGACACCUACUCACCAAGAACAAGCAGAUGGGCACGAUGUCUUGUUAGUCCGGACUGCAAACACGUAUCGAGAGCAAAAGUGCCGGCGUGCAAACAUCCGGAAUAUCCUAUAGCAGUUCUAUAUCUGCUUUACAUGACAUUAAAAAAGGACCUAGAACAUAUUUCCACGUUCCAUAGUUUACCUGAUAUCAUCUUGUACAACUUGAAGAUCUCAAAAACAUUCUUACCAAUGGCAUAA